GCGUUGAGAUUAGGAAGAUGGGUAUCAUUUGUUAAGAUCAAGUGCUAACAUGAAGACCGCGGCUUUACUUUUGGCUUUCGCCGCCUGCAGCUCGGCUGCCAUUUUGAAAAUCAGACCUGUAGCUGGUUCUUACGAUGGUGCUUACGAUGGUAGAUACGUACAAGAUAACUCUGGUGCCUAUAACGCCAAUGACGGCAGGUAUAUACCCGACAACAGUGGCAGCUACGUGCACAGCGACGCCGGGUACAAACACGACGCCCAAGGUUACCGUCACCAAGCCGACAAAUUCGGCGGCAACGGAGGCAACGGCAACGGCUACAACGGAGCCGGUAACAACGGCAACAACGGCGGAUUCGGCGGCGCCUACGUCGACCGCAACCCCGCUCACGGAGCUGGCAACGCCGCUCACGGAGCUGGCAACGUCGCUCACGGAGCUGGCAACGCCGCUCACGGAGUUGCAGUAGGUUUGAAGCAAGGCAACGCUGCUGGUCUCUAUGACAACAGGAACUACGGAAUCAUCCGUCAGACUGAAGAAGUUCUUCCCGACGGUUACCAUUACUUGUACGAAACUGAGAACAAAAUCCUUGCCGAAGAACAAGGAAAACUGGAACGUCAAGGAUCUCAAGAUGAAGCCAUGAACUCCGCUGGAUUCUUUGAAUACACAGGACCCGACGCCGUCGUCUACCGCGUCGACUACACCGCCAACGAGGACGGUUUUGUGCCUACAGCCGCCCACCUCCCAACUCCACCCCCAAUCCCAGCUUUGAUCCUCAAGUCUUUGGAAUACCAAAGGGCCGCUGGUACCUUGUAGGUUGCACGAUGUGAGGUCAAAUUGUUUUGUUAGGUUUAAAUAAAUGUGUAAAAAAUGAUUUAACUCGUUUUAUUUCUCUAUCAACAUUUCAUUUUCCAACCCAUUGCAG